GCAAGCGGUCCAAGAAUUUGAACCAAGACUUGGGACGUGUUGUUCGGAUUGCUCCCUAACGUCAGCGUCGGUCGGCUUUCCUCGCAAUGGCUAGAUCUCACGAGUUCGUCGUCCUUGCGGUGUCGGUGUUGGCAGCCGUGUGGAUGGUGGGACAGGGAAUGCCGGCAGGUGAGAAGCCGAACGAAGCUUCGGCUAAAGAAGCUCUCAACGGUACGGAAGCUAUAAACUCCACGGAAGCCGCUUCGAACUCGGGCUUUUCGUGUGAGGGAAGAAUCUUCGGGUACUACGGGGACACCAAAAACUGCUCGUUGUUCCACUAUUGUGAACCCUUCACCGAUCCCGAGAAGAAUCAAUUCGUACUUCACGCGGCUUACCUUUGCCCCAAUGAGACUGUCUUCAACCAGCUCUCUCUGACAUGCGUGUACCCCGCUGAAGCCCUUGAUUGCUCACGGGCACCGGAGUACUACUACGUCAACAGUCACGUAGUGCCCGUUGACAGCUCGGCUGAGCAGAGUUCUUCUGAGGCCGGAUCAGCGGAAUCUCAGGAAAAAACCAAAGACAACGAAGCAUCUGAGAAGAAGGACGGAAAGAGUCAAUAGGUCGGAACGUCAAUUACCCGGAAUGUGAUCUACAGUUAUGGCUUGCGCCGCGUCGAGUCUCGUCGAAGCGCUUUAUGUAUAAAGUUUCAGAAACUUGCAGGUCUCCCAAGACCAAAACUCCUCAUCCUACAACGCGGUCUCUACUCUGAGUGACGCAAGGCAGUCGCACAUCUACUGUACAUAGACUUCAUAACAAUCGAUAUAGUCAGACAGAAUAAAAACGUACA